CACUGCCAGAUGGAUGAGGCUGAUUGAUGUUACGAAGCUUGCGAUAGUGCGGCGUAGAACGAAUCUUACCAAAUAUUCAAUGUUUUAUAAAAUCUGUUUUAUGUGUUUUAGUUUUUUAAAGCAUUUUAAUUUGACAUAAUAUCGACAUGUAUUAUUAUGAUGCUAAAACUAUAGCUACAUGAUACGAAAGGUUUCUGAAAAAUCCUGAUGUUAGCUACUGUGAAACCUGGACAUCACCAGUUGAUAACACCACCAGCUGUGUCUGGUAUGAAUCGGUAUGUAACGUUAAGCCAGUUAGGAGAUGGGACCUAUGGUAGUGUUAUGCUGGGCCAAAGAUUAGACACUGGUGAAAAAGUUGCGAUUAAAAGAAUGAAAAAGAAGUAUCAUUCUUGGGAAGAAUGUAUGAAUCUAAGAGAAGUGAAAUUCCAGGUUGCCUGGGCAAAUAUUUCCUCCAUUAUAUCUUCAACUUUUGCUUUAGCCAAAAUAUCCUUCAUCAAUAGCAAUGACUAUAUAGAUAGGUCUCUCCAGAAACUGAGUCAUGCCAACUUAGUAAAAUUAAAAGAAGUCAUCAGAGAGGAUAAUACACUGUAUUUUGUUUUUGAAUAUAUGAAAGAGAACCUUUAUCAACUGAUUAAAAGCAGGGACAGUCCUUUUCCUGAAAAUGUGAUAAAAAACAUUCUUUUCCAAAUUUUGCAAGGUUUAGCCUUCAUGCACAAGCAUGGUUUUUUCCAUCGAGAUAUCAAACCUGAAAAUUUAUUAUGUAUGGGCCCAGAUUUGAUAAAAAUUGCUGAUUUUGGUCUUGCUCGAGAAAUACGAUCGAGACCUCCUUACACAGAUUAUGUAUCAACUAGAUGGUAUAGAGCCCCAGAAGUUUUGUUAAGGGCAACAAAUUAUAAUUCACCUAUUGAUAUGUGGGCUGUAGGAUGUAUAAUGGCCGAGUUAUAUACCCUUCAACCAUUAUUUCCUGGAAGAACUGAAAUAGACCAAAUUUUUCGAAUAUGUUCUAUUCUGGGAACUCCUGACCAGAGAGAUUGGCCUGAAGGAUAUCGACUUGCUUUAGCAAUGAAUUUCAAAUUCCCACAUUUUACAGAAUCUUCCUUGCACUCAGUUGUUAGGAAUAUUAGUCCAGAGGGUUUUUCUUUGUUGAAGGAUCUGCUUCGAUGGAACCCCGACAAAAGGCCAACUGCUGUAAUGGCAGCACGUUACCCUUAUUUCCAGAAUGGAUUAAAGCCAAUGGCUCAAACAAAUCGCAGAGUAUCUGCUUUUAAUAGGCACCUACCAGAUUCAUAUAAUGAAAAUAUCCCUAAACUGAAAGCUUCUGAGGAAAAAUCAGCUUACAGAAGGAGGUGGGGUGAUCAUAUAUCACAAGAAAAUGACGGCCCUUCAGAUUCUGAAAACAGUGUGGACAGAGACAAAAUUAUUAGCAGGCAGCCAUCACAUCAGGAGAUGGUUGCACGGUUUUCUGCAAAGCAACAGUAUACUGCCAAACCAAGAUAUGUUGGUGUGCAAAAUACUAGAAAUGUUUUGUAUAAUGACUCAUCAAGGUUAAAAUUGAGUGGUCAUUAUAAUAAUAAUAAUGCAUAUCCACCUCCUUCGUUUGAUCGACGAAAUUCUCAGCCAACUGUAAAUGGAACACCAGUACAAAAAACAAGAGGAUAUGGCCAAGCUUCCAAUCCAGUUUUUUCAAUACCUGGAAAAAUAGACUGGAGUGCAAAGUACUUGAACUGAAUUAUGGAAAAAAAAUUUAACACACUUCCAUUUUGAAUAUUUAUUGACAGCUGAAAACUGUAGUCAUGUAUCUUAAGUUCAUUUGUAUAGCAGGUGACCUGAAAGUUACUAUUUUAACAUUAUUAUCUGCCACUGGAUUUCAAUCUGUGUGUUUUCCUAGUUUCAAGAAAACUUCCUGCCAAAAAUGAAUUUAUUAUGUCUUGGAAAUGGCAUUAUUAGUCUGAUUUGUAUAUAUUGAUUUUGUGUAUACUUUUAUGACUUUAUCUCAACAUGUAUGAAUACAGAAGAUGCAAUUUUAAUUUUGUGAAGUUACAUAGAGUAACGUGUACUUCAGAUGCAAAUACAAGAUACUUAAAUGUGCAAAAAAUUUAUAUCAGUGUUCACACAGUAAAUUAAAAAAAAAAUUGCACAGACUUCUUGACUUCACAUUUCCAUUGUUUUUUGCGAAAUCUCUUCAAAUAGAUUUUGAACAAAAUAAAUAAAAGGCUAGGAUUCACUGCAUCGAACAAUUAAAAUAUUAAGGUUUCUUGCUAAAAUGAGUUAGGUUAAAAAUUUGACUUUUAGUAGUAUGAAGCUGUUAUCAUAUUUAUUGCUUGCACCAUCUUGGUGUAUUGUAAAUAAAAACUGGGUGCUGGCUAUAGACCAUUAUGUACAUAAAUCAUAAUUAUUUUAAAUUUCAUGUAAAUAAAAAUUGACAUAGUAAACUGUGUCACUUGUUUUUGUUGUAGAUUUGUUUGUAGAAUGUUAAAUGGCAUUCACCAUUAUCAUUUAUGAUUAUAGUCAUUUAUCAUUGUCAGUCAAACUGUAUAUACAUGUGUGCCUUACCCAUGACCUAAAAGUAUGUAAAUCAUUAGCAUCAUGUUAAAAUUUAUUGUACUAAUAUCUUUUAUGUAAAUUUAUACCCUUUACAUUUUUGUGGAUAUUAUGUAUUUCAUUCUUAGAAUCUUUAUAGCAAACCAAAAAUAUUUGUUUUUUAAAACCAUCAGUUAUUUUCAAAAUAUUUCAUUCUUGAAUAUGUUUGAAAUAGAAUUUUAAAAUAUUAAGACCAUUCGUACAUCAAAAGACAAUUUUCACUGUAUGUAUUGUAUGUAAUGUAAAUGGCUGUAUAAUAAAUGUACUUCAUAAUUUGUU